CGCAUUAAAAUUGGCGCCGGAGCUUGCUUUCUCGGCCUUAGUGCCUACUGAAAAGUCGGUCGGUAGCUAUAAAUUCGUAAUCUAUAUAUAUAAAUUGUUUAUAUUCAAACGAAAUAGUUAAACAGUGAACAUUAACUGUGCGAACAACAAUUAUUCGUGAACGGACGCAGAAGUCUUACUGUGCCGCCUGGACUCGGAUACUUUGGAACUGGUCGUUUGCUUCUUGCUUGUCAGUUCGUCGCUUCGUUGGUUCCUCAAUGAUGAUCUCUGGCUUGCUGUUGCUUUAAUUUGAUUGGUGCCACAGUUGCCAUCUGCCAUCUGCUACUUCUCUACGUUGUUGUUGCAUUAUACUGUUACUAUUACUGUGCUUUGCUAUUGUUGUUGCCGUCGUGCCAUUACUAUUACUAGAAGUUGCCGCAGUUGCUGAGGCUGCGUUACACUUUGAAUAUCGGUCAAUGGUAACGGGCUUUUAAGCAGGUGCAACUGCAACUGCUGCCAGACAAGGAACCAGACACAGACACAGACAACACAGCACAGCACAACUAGCGGGACUGCGAGGGAGAGCUGAAGGAAUAUAAAAACAUGUCACUUAAGAAAGAAACACCCUCGGAUGUGAUGUUGCAUCUGGCGGCGCUACGUGGAGAUGUCGUUGAGCUGCGUCGAGUGCUGGAUACUGGGAAAGUGCAUGUGGACUGUAAGGAUGAGGACGGCACCACACCACUAAUUCUGGCUGCGGCGGGCGGACACAUCCAUUGUGUAUUGGAGCUGCUGGAACAGGGCGCGGAGUUGAACUCGCGACGAUCCACAGGCACCACAGCGCUGUUCUUUGCCGCACAGGGCGGGCACUUGGAUGUGGUGCGCAUUUUGCUGAAGGCACGCGCCAAAGUGGACACGCCAUCGUUGGACGGUGGCACGCCCCUCUUUGUGGCCGCUCAAGGCGGACAUGUGAAGAUUAUCAGAGAGCUGUUGGACUGUGGCGCCGAUGUGAAUGCCUGCAUGAAGGAUCGCGCUUCGGCGGCAUUUAUUGCGGCUCAGAAUGGACAUCGUACGGUGUUGUCUCUGUUGAUCCUGGCGCAUGCAUCGAUGGAUAUCAAACGCAUCGAUGGUGCCACACCGCUAUGGAUAGCCGCCCAAAUGGGGCACGAUCAUAUCUGCAAAGUGCUGCUGCAAAACGGCGCCAAUGUGGACACUGUGCGCUGUGAUGGUGCCACGCCACUCUUCAAAGCCGCCCACAAGGGUCACGCCUCGGUUCUAACUGUGCUACUCAAAUAUCGGCCCAAUUUGGGCAUCCUACCCAAUGGCGAGUCGGCGCUCCAUGCGGCUGCCAUGUUCGGGCAUAUGACCGUGUGUAAACAGUUGGUUGCCGCCGGCAGUGAUGUGAUGUUGAAGAAUCAGGAUGGUUUGACGGCCAUGGAGUUGGCGCACCAUGAGAACUAUACGUCGAUCUGUGAAUAUCUGAGAGAUCGUAUGCGAACAGUCAUGCAACGCAAUACAUCGGCGUUGGCCAAGAUGCGGCUGUCGACGUAAAGUCAAAAGUGGUGGAGUCACAGGAAUGACCAAAAAGAAAAAACCCCUUCGAAGUACCUUUUUGCACAAUAUGUUGAAUUAUUUAUUCACUUACUAAUUCUAUAAUAUGUAUAGCAGUGGAGCAAUGUGUUUGCAACAGAGUUUCAUCUUGAAUUUUGCUUCGGAUAAAACAUAACUAAUUUAAUUUUCGAAAUUUUCGCGUAAAUAAGCUAUUUUGUAAAUUUUGUAACGAUAAGAUUGUAAGGUAUUAGUUUCGUCCGAAAAGAGUAAUGUCUUUUAAUUUAAUCAUUCACAUACCUAUUCUAUGUAGUUCAAAUUCUUCUUCGUUGUCAGCAGUGAAACUAAUUAUUUCACAUUUCUUUUAAGUUAUUCAUAUUGUACAUACGUUUCAAACAAUUCUCUCGAAACACUAUCCAAAAGCAAUAGCAACUAGAAUUCAGGAUAUUAAAAUAUAUAGUUGAAGCUCUGUUGCUGUGCAUCAAUUGUUCCAUUCUAUUGUAAUAGUGCAAUCAAAAUAUUAGAAAAUCAACCCUAUAGAUAUGCAAAAUUUAAUGCCAAGCUGAGCAAAUGGCAAAAUCCCCAAUAAAUAAGUAUAAUAUAUCUUGAAAGUAAUAUCAAUAUUAUAAAUGUACUUAAAUCCCUACAACUUGGAGCUUGUAUUUGAAUUUACGAUUAUGAUUAACUCUAGCAAUAGCUCGUACUUAUUAUAUGCAACAAACAAACUGUUAACAUGGACUCCUUGUUGUCCUUUGUAUAUAAAUUAUAAUAUUUAUGAAUAAAUAUAUAUAUAAAUACACGUACAUAUAUUUAAAUUUAUGCAAAUACCUAACCCUAAGCAAUUGUUAACAAGUGCUUUAUGUUUAUUCGCCUUUUUAUCUUAUCUUAAUUAGCUUUAAUCAUAUUUUCGUCUUAAUUAGCUAUUAAUUAUAAAUGAAAUGUUUUUUGUGUCUUAUGUUUAUGC